CUCUUCAAAAACAAUAACUUCCAGGAACUAUUGUUCUUCUGCAUAGUCACCAGCAGACACACUGUUCAGAUCUUUGUGUGACUCUUUAUCACGUGAGAACCAGUUCAGCCUUAAGUUCACCGUGUUAUAGUUCACGUCAACGACAAAAAAAACACAGACUAGCACUCCCUGGAUGACGCUAGUUCAUGGGGUAACAGUUUAUUCAGCUUAAGGUUCAGUGUGUGAUAGUUGAUAGUCGUUUUGGAGUAGACACAGCAGCGCGGAGAGCGAUGUGGUGCCAGGGACAUGGAGCUCUUUUCCGAAGAACAACAGGAAGUGAUUCGACGGACACAGGAAAUGAGAUCAGCAGUGGGCUGCAGCUGGUAGGAAAGGGGUGGUCAUGGAGGCCAGUACGUGAGGGGCCGUGUGUGUGUUUCUGUGUGUGUGUGUGUGUGUGUGUGUGUGUGUGUGUGUGUGUGUGUGUGUGUGUGAUAUGUGAGUGGAAACAGAAUCAUAGGAGGAUGAGAGGGUGGAGUAAAGGUGCCUGUCUCUAUGUUGAAACUCCAACUACUCAUUUUCCCGGGAAAUCAAGCUUGAAUCCACUGGAAUUAUGAGAACAGCUUGUGGAGUGGGUUGUGUAAUUUUGCUGUCAGUUUCUUCUUCUACCUCUUCAUUUAUAAAUCAAUUUGGAUUCCAUCUAUACAAAAGUUGAUCUCUUGCAAGGCCUGGCUUUGUGUUUGCUCGUUCUGGACCUGGUCAGAACAGUCGAGUCAGCAUAUGCGUGUGCAGCAGUCUCCUGUCUUUCUGUCUUUCAUUCUUUGGGGUCGUUUUCAUCAAAGCCCCCGGUCACUUUGAGCCUGUGGUUGAUUUUCACUCCGUAUGCACAGAUAUUUGGGCUGUAAUGAGUAGGCUACAUGUCUUCAGCUGCCAAGUUGCAAUGUCAGCUUUCCACUGUUCGUUCUGAGGAGCAGCGCCUGCGUUAUCUGAAGCAGCAGGACGGCAGGUCGGGCCAGUCGGUGCCCGAGGCGGAGAAGCUGCAGCGCCUGAAGGAGCGCGUGGACAGCCAGGAGGCCAAGCUGAAGAAGGUCCGCGCCAUGAGGGGACAGGUGGACUACAGCAAGGUCAUCAAUGGAAACCUGUCGGCGGAGAUUGAGCACGUGAGCAACCUGUUCCAGGAGAAGCAGGCCGAGCUGCAGGCGGCCGUGCUGAAGGUGGACCAGCUCACCCAGCAGCUGGACGACCUGCGCGGGGGACGCCUCAACGGUCUGCAGCCUCGCGGGGGUCCCAUCAGCGGGACUGCCGCGCUCGAGCUGCGUAAACUCUACCAGGAGCUGCAGAUCCGUAAUAAGCUCAACCAGGAUCAGAGCAGCAAGCUGCAGCAGCAGAAGGAGAUGCUCAACAAGCGCAACAUGGAGGUGUCCAUGAUGGACAAGCGCAUCGGCGACCUCCGCGAGCGCCUCUACAAGAAAAAAGCAGAGGCACGUCUCCCUCAGCACCGCAGCGUAAGGCCAGGAGCAACCAGGAAGAUGCUUACACAGACGCUAACACAGAUGCUAGAUGCUACAGAACUGAACCGGAUGAACGGACCUCCGUCCCCCCAGCCUGGUUCGGGCAGCUCAGGUCGGGUGGCAGCUGUGUGCCCCUACAUCCAGGUGCCUGUGCCGGGCAGGCAGGAGGGGGGUUAUGCGUUGCCCCCCGACCCCCUCAAGCCUCAGUCGCUUGCCAUGACUGCCACCGUCAACCACGCUCGCUCCAAGUCUGAGGAGGAGGGGUGUGGCGGUGGAGGUGUGCGAAAGCCCCUGGGCCCCUGGAAGGUGUCAGAUUUAGACAUCAUAGCGGACCCCUCGCUGGUGCCGCCCACCGCAGACGAGGCAGAAGGGCCCGCGGGGGCCAACUGUGAUUCCACCAACGAUGCUAACUGGCCAGCUCUCACCAAAAGCAUGCCGCCACUCGUACCUCCAGACAAGAUGGCCGUCGGAAUGCAGGGUGACAAGAGCCUGGACUCGAACAGGCUGGUGGGGGCAGUGACCGCUCUGUCGAAGCAGCCCCACGCGACCUACGGCACAUACCCCAGCGCGGGCCACCACUCCACCAUCUGCUCCACCAGCUCGCUCCCCCGCUCCGCGCCGGCCACCCUGGCCUGGCAGCGCUCCUCGCCCCCCACCUCCCGCUCGGCCUCCCAGCAGAUCCAGCAGCGAAUCUCGGUGCCCCCGAGCCCCUCCGCGUCCCAGACGGGGUCGUCCAUGUUCCCCGGCGGGGAGAGGCCCGACCCUCCGCUGGCGGCCGCCGUGCGACCCUUCGUCACGGACAGAGGGUCCCGACCGCAGUCGCCCCGCAAGGGCCCGGCCACCAUGAACUCCAGCUCCAUCUACCACAUGUACCUGCAGCCAGCAGCUAAGGGCUACCCCAGCAGCAGCAGACCAGCAGUUAAGGCCGUCUAUGGGAAGCCGGUCCUACCCUCCAGCUCCACAUCUCCCUCCCCCGUUCCCUUCCAGCACCAGAGCAGCCGAGACGAGCCGGACGCCGAGGGUGCCCCGCUACCCCCGCCCAACGUGGAGAACAUCCCUCGGCCCCUCAGCCCCACCAAGCUCACGCCCGUGGCCCACUCUCCCCUGCGUUACCAGAGCGACGCCGACCUGGAGGUGCUCCGGCGCAAGCUGGCCAACGCGCCGCGACCGCUCAAGAAGCGCAGCUCCAUCACCGAGCCCGAGGGCCCGACUGGCCCCAACAUCCAGAAGCUGCUGUACCAGCGCUUCAACACGCUGGCCGGAGGCAUGGAGAGUGCCACGGUGGGCACUCCGUUCUACCAGCCGGACAGCCCGCUGAGCUACAUGGGUCCGCCGAUGAUCCUGAGCGAGGCGGACACCACCAAUGGGAACGCGCCUGCGCCCGAAAGCUUGGCGAUGCCACCUGCUGUGGAGGUGCCCAUAACGGACGUCCCACUGCCACCGCCGUCCGGGUCCCCUCCGUCUUCAGAUGCCAACGAGAACAGGCUGGCGCAUCCCAGCGCAGACACGAUAGCCAGUGCUCAGAUUGCCGACGUCCAGCCUUCCUCUCAGAUGUCAAGGCUGGCAGCACCGGACACCACAGAGGACAACAGCAACAAUAACCACCACCACCACAGCGGCCCCGCAAAUGCCCAAAGCAGCCCAGUGCCUGAGGCCCGCACCCCUCCUGCCGAGCCCGAAACGCCGCCUAAAGCUAGCUCACUCCCAAGUCCAUCGUCCAAACGGACCAACCUGAAGAAGCCUGGUUCCGAGCGGACGGGUCACGGGCUGAGGGUGAAGUUCAACCCGCUGGCUCUGCUGCUGGACGCGUCGCUGGAGGGAGAGUUUGACCUGGUCCAGAGGAUCAUCUACGAGGUGCAGAAUCCGAGCACGCCCAACGAUGAGGGCAUCACUCCACUCCACAACGCCGUAUGCGCCGGGCACCACCACAUCGUUAAGUUCCUGCUGGACUUCGGUGUAAACGUCAAUGCGGCAGACAGUGAUGGAUGGACCCCUCUGCACUGUGCUGCCUCCUGCAACAGCGUCCAUCUCUGCAAACUGCUGGUGGAGUCUGGGGCGGCCAUCUUUGCCACGACCAUCAGCGACGUGGAGACGGCCGCAGACAAGUGCGAGGAGAUGGAGGAGGGAUACAUCCAGUGCUCCCAAUUCCUUUACGGUGUCCAGGAGAAGUUGGGGGUGAUGAACAAAGGGGCGGUGUACGCUCUGUGGGAUUACGAGGCGCAGUCGCCUGACGAGCUCUCCUUCCACGAGGGAGACGCCCUCACCGUGCUGCGUCGUCGUGACGACAGCGAGACGGAGUGGUGGUGGGCGCGUCUUAACGAUAAGGAGGGCUAUGUACCACGCAACCUGUUAGGGUUGUACCCCAGGAUCAAGCCCAGACAGCGCUCUUUGGCAUAGCGCCCUCUGGCUGCCACCAUUUGCAAGUGCAAGCUCCUGUGAGCAGCCUGGUGAUCCGCUGGUGCCUGCAGACAGCAGCUUUGCCCUGGGGCACUGCCCUCUCCGUGUGUCCCCGUGCCCACUGAGCACACCUGGAGAGAGAGAGAGAGAGGAGAGGGCCAUGCCCACACGAACAGCGCCCCAUGUCUGGGUGCCCUGACCUUGGACUGGCGUCUAGUGUCUGGGGUGCCUCAUACAUGCGCGUCUGGAAAAGCGAGCGAAAGGAGGGAGAGGAAGUGAGAGAUACAGACUAGUACUCCACCUUCAUUCACGGCUGUUUACUUUAAUAUGGCUGAACCUGUUUUUUUGUUUUUUGUUUACCCUACUGGAUCACGCAGCUUCGUUAGUGUUCGAAUCAUAUUUUUUCAGACGAUCUUUUCUGAUACAGUUCACUUGCGGUGUGUGGGUGAGCUAGAAGUUGGAAUGGGCAUGUGAGGAGAACGGAAGAAUUGUUGUGAACAUUUCAAGGGUGUCCUCGAAAGUAUGUUUAUUUUUGUGUGUGUGUGAGUGGACGUGUGUGUGUGUGUGUGUGUGUAGAUGGGGCAGAGAGAAAGAGGAAAUGGUCGGAGACUGAAGUGGAACAUAGGAGCUGACUCGGAAAAAAGGAAGGAACCAAAGGCAUCCGAAAGUGUUUUUUUUUUUUCUUCAAUGGAGAAGGAGGACGAGGUGAAUCUUGAGGCUAGCAGAGAGUUUUUAAAAAAAAAAAUAUUAUUAUUGAAGGAAACAGAGAGUUUUUUUAUUAUUAUUAUUGAAGGAAACAGAGGAAGUGGCUCAGGGAGGAAACUGUGUACGUGUUAAUUUGUGAAUGUGUGCGGAUGUGCAGAAGUUAAGGCUGUGCUGAAGAGUGAGUGAUGAGAGGUUUCUUGAGGAUAGCUAUCAGCAAACUACAGAAUCUAUGGCAGCAUUAGGGAGAGGUCAGAGGUCAAACCUGUGAAAUGAUCAAAAUAUGAAGGGUAUACUGUAUUCAGGGGGAGAUCCUCCAUUUUGAACUUGUAUCCUUAUACAAUCCUAUUUUUAAAAACUGAAAUACUUAGACAGGAACGUGUAUGUUGUAUUAUAUUUUUCCUGUUUUAAGUGUUCUUUAUUUAAUGCGCAUUGAAAGUAAUGCUUUUAAACUGCUCUGCAAGAGAAUACUCCCAUUAAACAGGUGGUGGAGACAUGGCUGAGUGGAGUGGCAUCAUACACACAAUUUACACAAGAUGUCCUAUACAUGUAUAAAAUAAAAGAGAACCCAGACUGGGACAAAGUGAGAA